CUGUUUGUGAUCUUUCUGUGCGCGAUCAUUUCGGCAAGAGCACAAUGUGCAGAAUAAUUUUCCUUUUGGUGUCAACGACGCUGCUUUCAUUGGUGGUGGGCUAUGAUUUUUCCGACCCCAUCUACAAUUCCGUACUCUCGACGGAAAUCCUCGAAGCUUUGGAGGAUGAGGAGAUUGAUGCGAGUAUUCCGGUGAAUUAUCGUAUCCGUCGCGAGAGUUCAGUUCUUCCGGAGGAUGACAAGAGGUGCAAGCCACGACGUUCUGGGUGGAUGUGCUGCCGGGAUCAGAUUGAGCGAAGCGACACGCACGAUACAUUGAAGGAGAUGAAGAGGCAGUGCUACCACGAAAUACGCGCCACUCACGAUGACGCUGAGCCCUUUGAUAUGUUCUCAUGUGAGCGUCUCAAGCGGAUUAAGCAAGACACUGAAUGUGCCAAGGAGUGCAUUGCUAAGAAGCUCGAAUUUCUCGAUGAGAAGGGUGACUUUAGGGAGGAUUUCGUUAAGGACUUCUUCCGCAAUAACUACACCGAAGCUCAAUGGGCUAAGGAAAAAUCCGAUGGAAUUGUGGAAAAGUGCCUCAAGGAGGCAAAAGAUGAGAAAGCAAUCGAAGGCAGAAAGUGCAGCACGAAGCCCAUUAAAUUCUACUACUGCAUGUGGAAGGAACUUUCCUUGGCGUGUCCGCAGGAGAAGAAGAAGGACUCCCGAAUGUGCAAUCGGCUGUACAAAGGCGAAUUCUUUCUGCCCAAGAGCCCCGAAGAAGCGGACGAUAUGAAUUGAGAGAUCUUCAAGAGAUUCCUCAGAAGAUUCUAAUUAUUUUUCCUACAUAAUUUUUUUUUAUCAAUGCACUGAGAAGGAUUAUUUUUUCAAACGAAUAAAAGGACUGAAUUAUAAAAAAA